CGACUGCUGGUGAGUCUAGAGUCGGGUGAAGGAGCUCCGCCUUCGGGGGUUCCCCGACGGACGUGGGACGUGGGAGCUGGGCGCAGCGCAGGCUCCCCGGUACUGACCAGGCGGUCGGUUCGGGAUAUCGCGCGGGGGACGGAGGGCACCACCACCUCGCGCCCUCUCCCCACCUGAGCUCCGCAGAACUUGAGGCAGGCGGGGUGAAGAAGCGAAAGCAAGAGAAUCAGCUGGAUGUCGGCGAGGUGCCCUGGCGGCAAGAAGCUCCGCAGAGCCCGGAGAUGAGGCGGGGCCUCGGACCCCGGCCCCUAGCGCUCUUUUUCUUCUUGCUGAAUCUGCUGGCCCGGCCAGGUGAUGGCAACCAGGGCAGUGUCGCUGGAAGCUGCUCCUGUAGUAAGAGAAUUCGUUCUGGCACCCUGGUGCCGCCUGCUACUGUGGAUCAUAUCCGAAAACACCUGAAAACAUACGAUCGCUGUCCAUUCUCCAUCAGGUUUCAGUUACCAUCCACGAGUGUGUGUGGAGGAAGCCAAGACGCGUGGGUUCGUGAAUUGGUAAGCUGCUUUGACAGCAAAGAGUGUGGAAACGGUCACGGGAAGAGUUUCCACCGCCAGGAGCAUUUGCCUCAUGCUAGCACCCGGACCCCAGUGGCCACGGAGGGGACACCUCCAGACACAAGCACCCCUGCAACGAUUCAGAGUACCCAGCAGUCCACUUUGCCACCUGGAACACUGUCCUUGAACAAUGAGCUCACCCACCACAGUGGAUCCACUGCCCUCACGUCAGGCUAUGAAACCACUGCCCUCACGUCAGGCUAUGAUCCCGAAGCUGGACCUGAGGCUGAGGCCAAUAAAAACCGGUCAGAGGGCAGCCAGCAGGAAGGACGGCCAGGGGCUUCAGCUGGCAUACAAGCCGCAGUACCGGUGGUGUCUCUCCUGGCCAUUGUUUUCCUUCUCAUGGCAGCCAUAGUCUACAUGCUGUGCAACAGGAGGAGAGUCAGACGGCAGAGCUCUGCAGAUCUGCAGCUCCAUUAUACACUUGUGAACCAAGACGCCAGCGCCUGAAGAACGGAAGCUUGAGAGAGAGGACUCGGGAGAUAGGUGGCAGGCUGGGCUCCAUCAGUGAACUGGACCAUCGUUCAUUCGUUCUUUCCUAUGCUGUUCUGAGACAAAGUACUGAGAUCACAAUCCAGGGCAGCUCUGAGUUGUUGAUUCUCUGCCUCUGCCGCCUAGGUUCUGGGAUUACAGACAUAAGUCACAUCUGCUCUAAUCUACUUCUGUAAAAAAUGUAUAAGAUUUUAGAGUUCUGUUUUGUUUAGCCAGGCUCUUAUUUAGUCCAAGCCUGCCUCAAAUUCCCUAUGUAUCUGAGGAUGACUAUUGAUUCUCCUACCUCCACGUCCAUAGUGGAUUACACACUUGCUAAACACCUUUUUUUUUUGAGAUAAAGUUCUCUAUGUAACAGCCUUGGCUGUCCUGGAACUCGCUUUGUAGACCAGGCUGGCUUCAAACUCACAGAGAUCCACCUGCCUCUGCUCUUCAUGAUUAAUAAUAUAUGAGCAGCCCCCGCCUCCCUUAGUCCUCUCCCCUGCUGCUAAUAAAAUGUACUAUUCUAAA